AUGUCAGCCCUGAGCUUCGCGAAACAAGCCUUCGGGAGAGACAAACCUCAUUCCUCAAUCACCGACUGGGUCGAUAUCCUCACAUCACCCAAUAUCCAGGAGGAAGCAUACGAUGGCAUCCCGGAACUCGUCGAUGCAAUUAAUCUCCAGGCAGCUUCCGGUCCUACGGAAGCAUCGCGUGCUCUCCGAAAGAAACUGAAGCAUGGAAAUGCCCACCAACAGUAUCGGGCCAUGGUGCUCCUCAAAGCUCUGGUGGAGAAUUGCGGACAGAAGUUCCAAAGUACGUUUGCCGAUGGACAUUUGACAGAUGCCAUAAAGCACCUGGCGAACGACUACAAUACCGAUAAACGAGUAAAGAAGAAAGUCCUGCUUGUCCUUGCGUCUUGGAGAGAACAGUACAAAGAUGACCCGUCCAUGUCGACGGUCGCUGGAUUGUAUAGGCAAUGUCGAGGAGCCGAGCGGCGUCCAGUAGGUCAGCAAGAACUCGCCCAUAUGAUGGGUCUGAGUACGACACCAGAAGAGAAGAGGAAAAGCGAGAAAGAGGAGGCGAAGAAGUUGGCCAAGCAAAGAGAGAAGGAGGAGGAAGCAAGGAGACUCGAGGAAGCAAAGAAGAAGAAGAGGGUGCCUUUUGACUUCGAAAAGGACAAACCCAAGGUUUUGGCAAGCAUUGUUGAAGGAUCCCAAGCAUCUAGCAAUCUUGUCAACGCAAUCACGCUCGUAAACUUGCAGACUGACAGCCUGCUGACGAAUGAAAGAGUUCAAGAAUGCCUGACGAAAGCAAAGCAAGCGAGAAAGCCGGUUGUGCGUUAUAUCCAGCUGGUCGAGAAUGAAGAGGUCAUUGGAACCCUCAUCGAAACCAACGACAGAAUUGUGUCCGCUCUAGAGAUGUACGAACAGUUGUCUGCUCCAGCCACGAAUCCGGAAUCCGAAGAGACUGCCGCAGUCACACCUAGAAGCGAACCCUCACCUCGGGCUCAAGACGAUAUAUUCAAAGGAAAGGAGAGAAGCGUUUCAGAGACAGCGCCGACACAUGUUCAUCCUGAUUUGGAGGAUUUGAACUUCGGCGCCUUGGGAGGUUCUUCGACGCGUCUUCCAGCACCUAUGCGCCCGUCAACAGCACUCUCAGAUGAAGGAUUCGAGAACGAACAAGAUCAGGAUCGUCGUGGAUCGUUGUCCGACUUCAGCGACUAUGAAUCCUCUGAUGAAGAAACACACCGCGCCAACGCUGGGUCGUGGUCAAAGUCGAAGCGCAAUUAUGUUACUGUGUCCGACAACGAAGAGGAGACUGCUGUCCCAUUUGCGUCCGGGAGUAGGAAACAGACGAAUCCGACGGACGACGAUCCGUUUGCAGACCCAUUCGCGGACGAGAAGGCCAUACGAACAUAG